UUUAGAGGUCGGUUUUCUAGUUACAGUCGACUAAAUUCAUGGUUUGUUUUCUGGUUUGAACAAGUCGGGGCAAAAUGGGAAAUAAACUGAUCACCAAGGUGUUUAAUGAUCCCAUCCAUGGUAGCAUAGAGUUACACCCACUCCUCAUCAAGAUCAUUGACACACCUCAGUUCCAGAGACUUCGAUUCAUAAAGCAGCUUGGAGGUGUCUACUUUGUUUACCCUGGAGCGUCUCACAACCGCUUUGAACACUCGAUCGGGGUGGGAUACUUAGCAGGAAAACUUGCUGAGGCUCUCAGGUCAAGGCAGCCGGAACUCAACAUCACUGACAGAGACGUCCUUUGUGUUCAGAUUGCUGGCCUCUGUCAUGACCUGGGUCAUGGACCCUUUUCCCAUCUGUAUGAUGGAAUGUUCCUCCCCAAAGCACUGGAAAAAAAGAGGAAAUUAAAGAAAUGGAAGCAUGAAAGGGGCUCUCGUCUCAUGCUAGACCACCUGGUGGAACAGAAUAAUUUUAAACCAACGAUGAAAAAGUAUGGACUGAAACCUGAAGAAGACAUAACAUUCAUUAAGGAGAUGAUUGCUGGACCUCUACAGGAAUCUAAAGAGCAGGAGUGGCCGUACAAAGGGCGCCCAAAAGAAAAGUCCUUCCUCUACGAAAUUGUGUCCAACAAAAAAAACGGCGUUGAUGUGGACAAGUUUGACUACUUGGCCAGGGACUCUUCCUACCUGGGGAUCAAGAACAACUUUGACUUUCGUCGCUUCCUGCAGUUUGCCAGAGUGUGUGAGGUUGAAGACAAAGACUGCAAAGAAGGAAAAAGGAAAACUAUCUGCACCAGAGACAAGAAGGAAGACCAUAUGUACCACUUGUUCUAUACAAGACACCGUCUCCACAAAAGAGCCUGUCAGCACAGAGUAAGCCAAAUCAUACAAGAAAUGAUUGCAGAGGCUUUUUUUAAAGCAGACGGUCACAUUCAGAUUGAAGGAUCAGGAGGGAGGAUGUUCACUCUCUCUACAGCCAAUGAGGACAUGGAGGCCUACACAAAGCUCACAGACAACGUGUUUGAGGAAAUACUGAAGUCUUCCUGCUCAGAGCUAGAAAAGGCAAGAGAGAUUCUGCAAAACAUCAUCUCUCGAAAGAGCUACAAGUUUGUUGGUGAGAUAAAGCCAGAGGACCCCAUCCAGGAUUGGGAAAGCCUGAUUCCUAGCUGGAAAAAAGGACUGGCUGAGGGAGAAAGAAACCUGACACCAAAGGACUUUGAAAUCCUGGUCAUUGAAAUGGACUAUGGCAUGGACGACAAGGACCCUAUCCAACAUGUUCAUUUCUACAGCAAAUCUGAGCUCGACGUGGCAAAGGCAAUGCCCGAAGAAAAGGGAUCCAGGAUUCGCACAACGUGCUUUUCUGAGCAGCUGAUCAGGGUCUUCUGUAAGGAGAUUGAUGACGAGAGUGUGGAGGCUGCCAAAAAGCACUUUAAACAGUGGUUAAGGUGCUGGUUAAGCUCUACUCUAAUUCUGCAAAACAUUGUCUCUGGAAAUAUCUACAAGUUUGUUGGUGAGAGAAAGCCAGCGGACCCCAUCGAGGAUUGGGAAGUCAUUAACAUGGACUACGGCAUGAAAGACGAGAACAGCAAAAAUGCAUCCAGGAUUGGCACAACGUGCUUUUCUGAGCAGCUGAUCAGGGUCUUCUGUAAGAAGACUGAUAGAAAGAGUGUGAAGGCUGCAAAAAAGCACUUUGAACAGUGGAAGUUCGAGAAGAAGCCGCAUCUGCUUGGACCUGAGGGUAAUUAAAAGACCAUGGAAAUGACUCAACAACAUGAAUAACACAGAAUUAUUUCUUAUUCAGACUCAGGACUCUUUCUAGCUUUUAUCAUAUACAUGUUGUAUUGUUGUUUUAAAUUGUUGACUCCCUUCUGCAUCUGCAUAAGUUCCAACAACAUACAACAUGAUUUUAUUGAGGACAAAGAUAAAUCAUAAUAUAUAAUAAUAUAAACUGAUACAUAGACACACAUGACACUGGAUACAUUACUUACACAGCUAGCAGCUGUAUGGCUGUUGAAUACCAUUUAGGUAAAGAAAGCCAUUAUUGAAAUCCAACAAUCAUUGUCUCAAACUGAAUAUAUAAACUGCAUGUUUCUGAAUUGAUUCAGCUUUUGGUCACAUUUAUGCUUCUUUGUAGGUUGUGAAUUCUUUUUGGUCGGGGAAAGAUGUAAAGCACUCCCAACAUGUGUAAUGGAGUGAAUAUUUCACUUGUGGUUUUAUUUAGGGAUUUAUAAUACUCAGUGGUGUUUUAGUUUUGAUGUUAAUCGUUUGAAGAUUGAGGACAUGAGAUUAGAUUAUUUGUCUUUGAGUGGUGUUUAAUGAGAGAUGAUCAUGAGUGAUGUUUUGGUGACUGGUAUUAUCUUAUAUUACUUUGUAUCUGCAGCAUUUAUUAUCACAAUACAAUUUUAAUCUGUUUUAAAAUGAGUCUUAUUUUGGGCAUGUUUUAUAAUGUGCUCUUCUUUUGAGUUUAUGAUUCUUACUUUAAAACUGGAACUUGUGAAAACCUUUAUUUGCAUCUAAAAACUUGAAAUUCGAAUUGAAAAAUAUCUUUUAAACGUAUCCAUCAACUACCUUUCUUCAAUGGAUGAUGAAUGUGUUUAAAUGUAUGACACACUUUAAGUGAAGCUAUAAUUGUUUGACGAUUGGUUCUUACAUAAAGCAUCUAUGAGAACCUUUCAAGUGUAUUCCUGUUGUGAUGGGUUCAUAUCUGAUAAAAUCUGCAUGUAUUCAAAAUAAACAUCAGAGAAAAUCCUGAGUUCAA